CCCACGCGCGCGCACUCCCCAGGAGCCCUGGCUCAGCGCGGCGUCUUGGCGUCUUCUCCGCGGGUCUCUCUUCCCCCUCUGAAGCCAAACCUUUAGAAGGACUAGUGCAUAUUCAAAUUUUGUCGAGCCGCUGCUGUGUGCCAGGCACUUCUAGAGCCUGAAAAUACAACCACAGACGAGGUCCUUUCCUUCCCCCGAGCAUCCUCACAGAGCAGACAUUGUCCAAGAACCAAAUAAACACAUACUUAAUUAUAGCUGUAAAGUGACAAAGUAGGUCAGAGAUACUUUGAUUUUUUUUAUUUUCCGUAUCGGGGAUUGAACCCAGGGACACUUUACCACUGAGCGACAUCACCAGCCCUUUUAUUUAUUUAUUUAUUUUUAAAAUUUGAGACGGUCUCACUAAGUUGCUGCGGCUGGCCCCGAACUUGUGGUUUUGGCCUCAGUCCCCCGAGUGGAUGGGAUGAUAGGCCGGACCCCCACCGCCUUUAUUAUUUUUUUUUUGUAGCGGGUGGGGCCGGGAGAUGGGGGACCAGGCCUCCUAAUUUGUCCAGGUUGGUCUUGAACUCCUGGCCUCAGGUGAUUCUCCUGCCUAUUACUUAUGAUGAGAUCUUACCUUAGGACAGGGAAGGCUUUUCUGAUGAACUGAGGCUUCCUGUAAAAGUGGGUGCCUUCUACAAAGAAGGGAGGGAAAGUCUAAGUAGUUGGAAUUAUGUGUGCGCUAGCUGCCAGUCUGUAGGAGGCAUGCUGAGCACAGAGAUUGAAGUGAAGCUGAGAGGUUUGAGCUAAGACACUUGAAUGGGUGUGGUGCCAGUCAGAGGAGGCAGAGCCUUAGCCAGUUUCUUGAACAUGUCAGAGUUCUACCUUGGAGUCUUUGCAUUUACUCUUCUCUUAACCUGGAAUUUUUGCUCCUGUCUUUCCAUUACCUGUUUUUUUCUCCUUUCUUUACUCAGGUCAGGUAGGCCUUCCCUGACAAACCUGUCUAUAAAAGCAUAAAGCCAUUGAAACCCCUUAUUGUGUUUGGUUUUUCUUCACUUCCCAACUAGAAUGUAAGUCCUUUAGAGUGGAGAUGUUAUGCCUUUUUCUUUUUUUAUAUCUCCCUCCACUGCUUUGUCAUUUAAGUCACAGUGUAUAAUUUUUUAUUGUUGAUCAAAUGAAUGAAUAGUAUAGUACUGUAUAGUAGAACCAUUCUGCCCUAUUGUGUGGCUUUCCAGUGUGCUCAGCGGCAACUCCCAUUUCAUUCUCUACCUACUGUAUUCACACUUGUCUGUCCCACCAUUCCACAGGAAAGGCUCUUAGUAAAGUUCACGGGUUACUAGAUCCAAUGGACACAUUAUCUGCGGACCUUGCCUCUGUGUGUCAGCCUCCCCUCUCCACUGACAGCCUGGAUUUAGGCCCCCAUCAUUUCUCACUUAGAUGACACAGUAACCUCCUAACAGGUCUUCACACUUCCAAGCUUUUGUUUCUUCUCUGCAGGCAUGGGUUUGAAUUGGAACCUACUCCACAACCCAAAGGCAGCCAGCACCAUGUGGUUACUAACUGCCCUUCAUUCACCUAUUGAUGCCUCCCAAAAGAAGACUCGGCCAAUCUUCCCGCAAAGCUCAGCUGUUAUUCCACCAGCAGCCACUGGAGGGCCCCAAACAUCACUAUGGAGCUCCACAGAGGCCCAUCACCCACACUAGACAGGUGCCCAGCAAGCCUAUAGACCACAGCACUAUCACUUCUUGGGUAACACCUCAGUUUGACACAACAGUAGAAAGCUGUUUCCCAGCCCACCGGAAACAUCGUCACCAAGACGAAGCAAGACAUUCAAGCCGAAAAUCUACCUGCAAGUUUCCAUGUCUAACCUUUGAGAGUCCACAGCUGUCUUCCAGUUCAGAGACACUGGGGAUCCCCUUAGUAAAGGGAUGCCCCAAUCAAUCAGGAAAGGACAUUUCCAGAAAACCCUUAAUUCCAGUGCUCAGUCCCCAAAGCUGUGGGGAACUGUCAGCAAAUGCAUUUCAGAACUUUCCUUAUGUGUUUAUUCCGCCUGAUAUCCAGACCCCAGAGUCAUCAUCUGUGAAGGAGAACUCCUUUUCCCCAGAUCAGAGGGAAAACAGCCUUGUAAGCUGUGUCCUUCAAACUAGUACUCCUACCAGCCCAGAACCUGGACCUAUUCUGGUUAAAGACACCCCUGAAGAGAAGUAUGGGAUAAAGGUCACAUGGAGGAGACGAAGGCACCUGUUGACUUACCUCAAGGAGAGAGGGAAGCUGAACAGUAGCCAGUUCCUUGUAAAAAGCUGACUGGAUUUCUCAGACAUCAUGUUCUCUCAUCAUAGUCUCAGAAAUUGCUAAAUUUCAUGAAGUUGAUAAAGUCAUUUUUUCUGGUUUAUAACAGACUUUAUUGAAAGAAUAAAAUAGAAUAGUGCCAACAGAAAAAAUAUUUUAACUAGAGCCCUAGAGUAGCAAGGGAAUUCAAUCCCAGAUUAAAAAUAUUUCAUAAACAGUUGAAUUUAGUGUCAUGAACUGUUCACUUCAUAUUUUUCUUUUAUUGUUUAAAAUUUGUAAAUAUCUUGCAUUAACUGUUUAAAAUGUAUGUAAAUAAAGGGCUACAGAAGGUUCUUAGAGAA